AAUUAUCAAAAUUUGUAAUCUCCGUAGCUGAAAGUAGCGACACGGAAAUCCAUCGUUGCAACGACACAGAGUGUCAAAAAUCAGAACUUCGAAAUCAGAAUUUCGAAAAGAAAUCGUUUUCGAAAUUUUGGAACACAGUUGCAUAGUGUUAAAACCAGAAAAUCGUACAGAAUCCUGGCAGUGUUUCCGGAAUGGGGAGCACGAGAAGGAGAAAAUGAGAAGAGAAAAAAAGAACGCCCAAAGAGUUGACACGCACACGGUAGAAAAUAAUUACGCGGCGCAUGGGCGGCUCUCGUUCGUCGAACCAGCUUUCCAUCCUCCGUCUUCGUUCGUCUCACAAUUUCGCGGACAAAACAGCGUGUAUCGUUUGCCGGCCGUGACUCGUCGUGACUCGGAAAUUACGGUUCGUGAUACGUUUGGAAAUCGAGAUGUACACGCGUGCAACAAUCAUUGUACGACACGCUCGCGAUUUCUGUUGACCGGCAAACCGUUCAUUACGCGAUCUUGUGUGCAUGUGUGUGGCGUGGCGUGCCGCGUGCAGGGAAAAUCUUAGCACGCAUGGUUCGAGUAAAAACCAGGGUGUCCGUAACGUGGGUUUCAACGUGGUGGUGCGACGUGGGAAAACGACCUCGCGCAGGAACAUAGUUGAAACAAUGUUUCGAGCACGAGCGCGACGAGGGCCGAGCGAACAGACGAUGACGAGGAGAUGACAGCUGAAAUUGCUGCGAAUUGACGGUACGUGGAAGCGAACGAGACCGCUCUCGGGCAAUUUCCUUUCUGAUCGAUUUAAGAUCCGUCUGUUUUACAGUGUUGUUAACUGAAACUGCGACCAACCACGCUGGCUCAUUAACGACCGUGCAGCGAAAUAACAUGGCUGAGGUUGCAUACACGCUCGCGGCUUUGCGAAAAAGAAGGACGUUGUCGGUCGAUUUUCUACCGAGAGCGAGGAACACCGUCGUGGAAUUAAAUUCGAGAGGAGAUUCAUUGGCUCGCGAGCGAAGGUGGUUCGUGACGUAUCAGGCAGAGCCGCACGAAGUUUCCACGGCAACUGGAUUUUCCUGGCAGACCGAGGACGGCCGCGCGGAUUGGCCGGGCGAUCUCGCAGGAAACGGUGCCGGGAAAGACGAAACCGGAAGCGGUGAGCUGCGAACGCGGAGCCCGCACGAAAUUGCCGCUAGCUCGUUCGUCUGUACGAGCCAGACGAAUGGAAUUUCCGCUCGGGAGUUGGGCAGUUUGCUCGUUUUUCAAGGACGGGCCAAGGAAACGCCAAGAUCUCGCGCUCUCUCCGAAUCGCGAAUCGCGCCCGAUCGAAGAGAGCGUUUUAAUAGGAAUUCGGCGUUCAAUUCGAUUUCUUACUCGUUACGUUUUUCAGCCAAUUCAGGCAGAUUGCGAAGCGAAAUAAAACGCGAGGUCUUUUUCAAGGAAAAAGCGCGCAAACGCCGGAAGAGCAAGAGCUUCUCCAGCCUUCUUUGAAACUUUGUCAAUCUUCGGUGGUAUUAAUAACUCUUGCGCUAGUAACUGGUUCGCGGACCAUAACGAGUGACCAAGCCGUAUACGAUAAUUCGUUUUCUUUUCGAAUUCAUCGGUAUAUCGCUGGAUAGAAAUUACUAAGAAGUGAUAAAUUUAUUAUUCGUAUUGCCUGGAUAAUAUUUCGGCAUACUUGAAACUGAGAAAAUAUUGCAAUUUUGGACCAAAUAUUCUCGACUCGCGAAAGACCGAGAGGGAGUCUCAAUUGAUUCCUUUGCAUCUGCGAGUCAAGUAUUUAUAUUUCGUGGAAGCACGCUUCGAUCAGCUUCCUAGCUGGCCUCGCCACGAAUUUGAACAUUUCACAAACAUCUAAAUAUAGCAGAUAACACACGCUGAUAGACAGAAGCAGGUGUAACAACUAUCAAUCGAUUUUAGAUUUUAAGGGUGACCUUAUACUCCCUUAAUAGAAACCUAUAGUUUUUCUUUGAUACCAUCCGACACUGACCUUUAUCCUUUGGAAACACUAACAAUAAGUGGCACGCGUCAUCGUCGGUGACCCACGCUAGAAAACUCUCAGCCGCAAGAGACGAAAGACACGAAGGAUUCUUCAAAUUCCAUCAGAAUUAACCUCGGAUAGAAGAAAUAUAUAUACCUAAGUCCUUCGAUGAUCCAUCUCUCUCUCUAGAGUUUCUUUUAUUUCAACCGGCAGAGUGUUCGGGCGGCAGAGUUUCGAUCGAUCUGUUUCUGAGGCGAGCGUAACGUCGGAAUUGUAACGAAAUUGAACAACGAGUAAAAUAUAUCGAUAUAUAUAUAUAUAUAUGUCCCGGGAGACCGUUGGGAAAGUGGACGACGAGGUCUAAGUCUGGAGAAAUCGCGGCAGGCUGGCUGGCACGAUUUAGUGCGCGUUUCUAUUGCGCGCGCGAAAACGCACAACGGCCACGCAACGUGUACGCAAUUUCUCUUUGUCCGAGUCCGAGGCCUGGCCCGUUGCCUUCUUCUUCCUCCCCCUCCACCGCUUCUUCUUCAUCCUCUUCUCCUUCUCCGCCUCUUCUCGGUCAAAUUCUUUCUAUCGCUCGGUAUCUCUCUUCAAACUUGUGUUGGUCAUUGUAGCGAAGGGGUUCACCAGGUCCCUUCGUGUUCCCGGAGACCCCUUUCCAAGUCGAGGGUCCUCCGAUGGAUUUAUGACAGAAAAUACACGCGAUAAAACGGCGCUGGAACACACUCGCAAAAAUACGACCGUUCAGAAGUUAUGCGGAAAAUGAGGCCGGCUACCGGUCGCCGGUUUGAAUUAAACGGCGUGUCACACGGCGUUUAAACAACUUCCAUUCUUCUUCUUUUUCAUUUUUUUCUUUUUGUUUUCAGUUGGAACAAUUUGAAUUUCUACAAAGAGGGUAUUGAUAAAUAAUUUUUAGGGAAGAAAUAAUUGGAGUUGCCGUGUGUCAGUGAAGUAACUUGGGACGAGCGAGGCAUUGAACAAUAAUGGGAGAAAGAGAAUCGAUAUUCGUAGGUUCUUUUAUUUCAUUUAUCAACUUACGUUUCUACGGAGGGAGUAUUUAAGGGAGUAUUUAUUGGAGAAAGAGAAUCGAUAUUCGUAGGUUUUUUUAAUUUAAUUUAUUAACUUGGGCAGUAAAUGGGUGUAAAUCGCAAUUACUUUGUUUUAAUGUCAGUUUUAAAACAAUUUUUAAGGAAGAAAUAGUUGGAAUGGCGGGUCGCCAAAGUAACUUGGGACUUAAAUAAAGGAAUUAAAUGAUAAUGGGAGAAAUCGAUAUUUGUAAGUUUCUUUCGAUUUAAUUCGGUAAUUUAAAUCUCCGCGAAGAGAGAUUUAAGAUUAUUAAGAAAAUUCCUAUUACAAUAUUAAUUUUUUCUUCGACUAGCUUCGACAAUUUUUAGCGAAGAAAUAAUUGAAAUUGUAUUACAGCAGCUUGACACGAGUCACUAAACGCUAAUGGAAGAAAGAUUAUAUAGGUUUUCAAUUAAUUCAUCUUCUAUCGAUGAGUGUCUCUCAAUCUUACUUGUCCCUUGUCGAAAAUCUCACGAAAAUCCACCGCAUUUCCUACGAAACGAAUGUUUCUUUCUCUCGAACAGGCCACGAACAAAAGUUCCAAGAGCGUCGUGAAUCACCGGUCGCGCGAAAAUUCGUCCCAUGCAAAUGGUCGAGUCGAUUCGACGGGGCCCGCGCGUGGAUCCUUUCCUUUUUCUUCGUUCGACCGUGCUUCUCCGCAGGUAAGGGUUGCGUAAAGACGGCCCGGUGAAUUUAUAACGUAAAAUACACGCAAUAAAAUCGAGGCUACCGAGCGCCGGGAACACCAAUACUCACGCAAUAAAACAGACCCGCCGGCGUACUUCCGUCACCCGUUUCUGGAACCUCCUGCCUGCCUGCCUGCCUGCUUGCUUGUUCGUCCUUUAAACUUCAAACCAUCGCCGCGAUUUAAAUAUUAUCUUGUAAAAGGGGAUGGGUUUAAUACAUUUAUAAUUGUACACGGGAGUGUCAGGGCGGGGCCGGGUCAUCGGUCGGACAUCAGUGACCCUUCUGGAUGACCUCCGCAAGGGUCAUCGUCCACCGUCGUCUUGUAACCUUUUCUUUUUAUUCUUCUUCUUCUUCUUCUGUUUCGAAGCAAGAAGGGGACCUCGAUCACUUCACUUGGAAACUAUCGAGUCGAUCGAGCGAAAUUUAGGGCACGGGCCUUACCGGUUUCUCGGUUUGCUGCCCCCUCCUUUUGCGUACGUCGGGCCGAGGGGCUGCUCCUUCGGGGUGGUCAUCGGGAGAAACGUGUCAAACGGACCGACGUCGUGUCAGCGUCCUCGUGUUAUCACGAGAUUAUUCUGGAUGACCGACGAGCAUUUCCUUUUCCUUUAGAAAAGAUUUAUUGCAACUUGGGUUAUUUUUUUUUUUCUUUCGGAAGU